AUGCCAGGAUCUGACCAGGAGGCCAAUGCUCAUCAAGGACUGCUGUCACCUCCUCCAGUAUCCAGUCCGGAGACAUCGUCAUGCCCUUGCCGCUCCACAGCCUCCGGCUCCGGGAAUCCUAGAAAUCUUAUAGUAUGCAUCGACGGAACAUCCAACAAGUUCGGUGUCAAGAACACCAAUAUCAUCGAGCUGUAUAGUCAAAUCAAGAAAUCCGACCAGCAACUUACCUACUACAACAGUGGCAUUGGGACAUACGCCAGGCCAUCGUGGCGAUCAUUCUCGUACUGGAAGCAAUUGGUAGAUAAUAAGAUUGAUCUCGCGAUUGCAUGGAACUUAGAGACGGUGAUAAUGGCCGCAUACAGGUGGUUGGCGGAUAACUAUCACGAAGGAGAUAAGAUCUUCAUGUUUGGGUUUUCUCGGGGCGCCUAUCAAGCACGAGCUGUUGCUGGCAUGAUUGCCAAAGUCGGGCUACUACUACCGGGAAAUAACGAGCAGAUUCCAUUCGCAUUCGAGCUAUACGCUUGCCUUAAUGACAGAAAGCGAAGGAAAAGCAACGAGGACGAUGAACGGGCUAAAGUCUUCAAGCGCACCUUUUGUAGACCUGACGUCUCGAUCCAUUUUGUCGGCGCUUGGGAUACUGUGUCAUCCGUCGGCCCGUUCCGAGGCAGGACCUUACCUUUCACCACGUCAUCACAGCAUAUAUGCAUGUUUCGCCACGCGUUGGCUCUCGACGAGCGACGAGUCAAGUUCCUCCCCGAGUAUGUAUACGGCGGGAACAGCGAGACGGGAGCUUCCAGUAACAGUAGUGACAGCAAUCGCGUGAAGGAAGUAUGGUUUCCGGGGACACAUUCAGACGUGUGCAUGGGUGGUAUAUCGUUGCUUUGGAUGAAGAAAGAGGCGGAGUCGGCUGGUCUCGAGUUUGUAGCGUCAGCGAACAACAAUCUCGCGUGGCUUAAGGACAUUGAACGGCCGCCAACUGAGUCACUAACCUUUGUUUGGUGGUUAUUGGAGGCUCUCCCCAUAAAACGCCUAUCAUAUAACGCUGGAAAGUCGGAAUAUGCCAGAGGGUGCGUGCUCGUCUGA